AUGGCCGAAGACAUUACAGUACUACAGCAAUACCUGACCUCGACAACAACCGAACCUCGAGUGCCUUCCAGAGUCUACAACACCAUUUCAACUGCCCCUGGAGGUAGUCUGGUUGUGUACUUGACGGUUCCAACGAGACGUCGCGGAAUGAGAAGUGCCAUAGAUCCAGGUAAAGCGCAACGAGAGAUCAUUGAGCAUGUUCUUGGGUCGUCUGCAGCAGAGGUACGAAAAGCCUUUUUCGAACACCUACAUCCAUGCUUUCCCGUACUUGACGAGAAGACAUUCUCAGAUAUGUGGCGGAACGACAGCGAUCGUAUUUCGCCAGCCUUAGUUUGUGAUUUGUACGCUUCAGCCCAACAAGUCUGGGGACGGUCAUUAGUUCUCAGCAAACAAGCAAAGCCCGAUCCUCACUUCAUCUGGAAUCAAGCUGUCACUGCUCUUCAAGAUGACUUCAUGGCACCGACUAUCUCAACUGUCCAUGCAGCCGUUCUGGAUCUACUAGGACGCCCAGUCAUCGGCGUUACUGGCAACAUCGUCAAUGCUGGCAGAAUUGUUACUCUCGCUCAGAGCUUAGGCCUGCAUCGAGAUCCGUCGUCGUGGAAAGCUACAGAUCACGAAAAGGAUGUACGUAUCAAUUUGUGGUGGGGUGUAUUGAUACACGACUAUUGGUCCAGUGUCGGUCAUGGCAUUCCACCCACCAUUAACGCUCAGUAUCAUGAUGUACCUAUCCCCACGUUUGGACUUGACGCGGAUGCAGACAUCCAAGUGCAAGGCCAGCGGCAAGUAAACGCAACGUUUGUGCAUCUAUGCAGGCUCAGUCAGAUCUUGGGUGAUAUCUUGCCCCUCGUCUACUCUCUCCGAGAAACACCUGGAGAGAUCAAGCGAAGGCUUCGAAAGAUCGAAUGCGCUCUAGACGAUUGGGUACUCGCGCUUCCCGGAAAUCUCCGACCCAACCGCACAGCACCGUGCACUGUUAAUGGAGCAAGCAACCUGUGGUUCGCGCAACUGUCCUUGAAGGUACUUGUGUGCCGACUAUCUUUCAAGGCGGUUCUAGAAGAACCCAACCAAUCAUCCGAGGCACGCCAAUACCACCUCUCCCUGCUACGAAAUGCUGCAACAGAAGUCGCAGAUUUCAUGAUAUCUCUCACCGAUGAGCAGCUGCAAGAAUUCUGGAUGCCAUACACAUCCUACUUGCUCGUUACAGCGGCCACCAUUCUCCUUAGAUGCACAAUCGAGAGCAGCGACCUUGCGACCAAGAAAACAUGUGUUACAAAGCUCGUGGCAUUCCGGGAUCGCCUACGGGCUGCACGCGACACGCUGCAGUGGGAUCUUGCGGACUUCUGCUUGGAGAGAUGUGAUGAGCCUAUUCAGAAGAUUGCAGACGCCAUCGGCCCAACUCCAAGUCAUCUGGCAACCGCAGAUGUAACCGACCAAACGCUUGGGUCACCAUCGACAGAGCCUCACUGGACGCCGCUGGACUUGUCUUCGACCAGCGACCUGUUCCUUCCGGUGGAUUCACUCGACUAUCCGUGGGAGACACUGUGGGAUGGUAUUGAGGGACCAUGGUCGAUACAAAUUUGA